AUCAAACAGCGUCUGAAUGACAUCCGUGUAAACACUGACCGUGGCCAUAUUCUGCGUUGCUGCGAGCUGGAACCGAGAUGUGAAACCCGGAGGGACCGGGCUCGGGGUUGCGGAGGCGUGCGGGCAGCACCGCGCAUGCUGCAGGGCGCGAGCUGCCUCCGGUUCGGAGUUCGCCCUCAUAGACCUUAUAGACGCUCGCAGAGCGGAGCCCCCGCACCUCGAAGCCGGCGGCCAGCCCGACGGCGGCCCCCAGCCCCCCCACCAUGAACACCAUCGUCUUCAGCAAGCUGAGCGGCCAGGUGCUUUUCGAGGAGGACGCCAAGGAACGAGAGCGGGGCGGCCGGCCCUACGUGGGGGUGGUGGAGGGCCCGCACCACGCCGAGGUGCUGCUCCCCGACAGCCCGUCCAUCAAGGAGAGCCUCAGCCUGCGCAACCGGAGGACGGGGGCUCGGCAGAGCGGCGGCAAGGUGCGGCACAAGCGGCAGGCGCUGCAGGACAUGGCACGGCCGCUCAAGCAGUGGCUCUACAAACACCGCGACAACCCGUACCCCACCAAGACCGAGAAGAUCCUGCUGGCCCUUGGCUCCCAGAUGACCCUGGUGCAGGUCUCAAACUGGUUUGCCAAUGCAAGACGUCGCCUUAAGAACACGGUCAGGCAACCAGACCUCAGCUGGGCUUUGCGAAUAAAACUGUACAACAAAUACGUCCAAGGGAAUGCCGAAAGGCUGAGCGUGAGCAGUGAUGACUCGUGCUCUGAAGAUGGAGAAAAUCCUCCAAGAAACCAUAUGAAUGAAGGGGGAUACAACAAACCAGUUCAUCACACUGUGAUUAAAACUGAAAGCUCAGUCAUAAAAACAGGAGUGAGACCAGAAACAAGUGCCAAUGAGGAUUAUGUGUCACCUCCCAAAUACAAAAACAGCUUAUUGAAUCGUUACCUGAAUGACUCAUUGAGACAUGUCAUGGCUACUAACGCAGCUAUGAUGGAAAAAACAAGGCAAAGGAAUCACUCUGGUUCAUUUAGUUCCAAUGAAUUUGAGGAGGAAUUGGUGUCUCCAUCAUCGUCAGAGACAGAAGGCAAUUUUGUCUACCGGACAGAAACUCUGGAGAACGGACCAAAUAAGUGUGAAAGCGCAGUUAACAGAAAAGGAACCAGCAAAGACGAAACAUACUGGAAGGAGAUCAACGCAGCCAUGGCCCUAACAAACCUCGCCCAAGGGAAGGACAAACUGCAGGGAACUACCAGCUGCAUCAUCCAGAAAUCCUCACAUAUAUCAGAAGUAAAGACUGUUAAAGUGCCAUUAGUCCAGCAGUUUUAAAGAGAUGAGUUCCUUUUUUCUUGUCAAGCGGACGUUUUCCUCACAGGAUUGGUUUUCAGCAAAAUCAGAUUUGCAGAUAUGAGGCAGAUGUGGAAAAUAGGUCCCCUUUUACAGUACAGUCAGUUUGAAAAACAGUGUUCCUACAGAUUCUGACGUUUUCAUUGUAUUAAAUGAAAUGUUUGAUUGCUUCUUUGAAAGGCAUGUAAAUUAUAAAAAAACCUGUUUUUAUCAAAACAUUAACUUAUUUUAUGUUAAUCAAAGUGCGCAUAAGGUGUUUGCAUUGCUAUUACAGUAAGUGCCUUGCUUUCAAAAAAUAAGCUAUAACGUGGGCAUAGUACAACAGUAUUAUGCCUCAAAAUGACAAUGCCAUAAUGCUUAAACUUUGUGUAUUAUUCCAAGUGGGCUUAAGCAGCCUAGGGCUAAACACAUUACUGCUGGAGGCCCUGGAGAAUUGUGCAUAAUAGACUUGACCGAAUUGACAAGUCUUAAUAAAAUUGUUACAUCAUUUUUUCUCUUUUUUAAUCAACAGUGUUAUAAAAAUUGUACAGUAUGUUUUGUCAAAGUGACAAUGAGAUUGUUAUGCAUGUUUCUUACCUGUAUAUGCAGUAUAUUAAAAAACCAAAAUCAUUCCUUUGAAAAGUGCAAUACUCUAGAACACACACAUUUAGGAAAUAAGUUAAUUGUUCAGAUUAUUUUGAACUUACACAUACGCUCCCAGACAUGUUGCUUGUUCAAGAUUUCUAGUUGAGAAGGUUCUAGCCAGACUAGCUGUAAAGUCCAUUUUCUAUUGUUCUAAAGCUUUGCUAGUGACUUACGGAAGUUUUUAUAUAAGUAAACAAAAUGGAACUCUUCUUGUACAAAACUGAAUCUGUAGUGCCAUUUAUUAUUUACAGUGGAGCUCAAAACUGUUUCCAUGGUGAAAAUUAUUACUUCAAUGUGUUUUAAAUGUUUUUUAUUUUAUAGGUACUGCAUAGAUGAGGACAGUUGAUUGACAGUUCACAUUUUAGUGAGAAAAAGCUGUAGUAUAAACUAUCAAAGCCCACAGUAGUAACACAAAUGGGACUUGAAACAUUGAAAAAUCCCAUCAUUUGAUGUCGGAGGGUUUUAAAUAGAUACUAAAAUGUAUUAAAUGUCACAUUCUAUACUUGACUGCUGUUGAGCAUAAUAACUAGCAUAAAGCCCAGUUUAUUUUAAGGGUUUUCUAGGGUGUACAAGUUAUUCUUAAAUCAUAUAACAAUAGUCUAAUGAGGUUUACAGUGCUUGAAUGGAAUGUACAUGAAAGCAAUUUACAGUGGCAAAGCCAAAUACGAUUUAUACUGAAUCAGUUACAGAAAACUGGAAAAGAGCUGAUUGUUGCUAGGAAUUGGAUUUUUUUCUUCCUGUGGUUAUCCUGUCAGGUUUUUUCCUAUUUAUCCCUCACCCCUUUCCUCUUUCAUGAGCCAUCAGUGAACAAGAUAAGACUUCAGUCCUGCUUCCACUGAGUUUAAUGGCCAAAUUCCCACUUCACUGGAAGCAGUACUGUGCUAAUGAUUAAACUUACUUGCAAGUAUAGGCUGUUCCAGUUGCACUAAAAUAGUCAAGACACAUUGCAAAUAUCAGCCUUGGUGCGACUUCUUAGGAAACUUCUUGAUGUAACAUAACAUGUUGUUGGGUUUAUUUAGUGUACAAUGAAAAUGAUUUGAUAUGAGAAUAUUUUGUACAUAUAUAUUUUUACUUUGUUUUCUAAAUUGCUGAUUUGCAUUGACUUAAAGUGCCAAGCAAGAAAUGUAUGUUGUCAUGACUGUAUGAACAGUUGAAGUAUAUGUUUCACUGACUUGCAUCAUUAUGUGUCUAAGAUUCCGUGACAUUAAUUUUUUAUACUUUACUGGAUUUUGACAUAAUAAUGUGAGUUUAUAACUAAUAGCAGAGAGUUAAUACUUCACUUUUGUUCAUACUAUUAUAAGUUAUUCUGGUAUUAAAUAUUUUGUGAAAAUAAAUCGAUGAUUUUGACAAACUUUUCUGUUAGGAAUAUUCACAGUGUUUUUGUCUGCAUAAAUGACAACAACAUUUGUCAUGUAAAAAUGGUACCUUUGGUGACUUCUCUGGAGCAAAAGUGGAGAAGACAAGCCAUACUAUAAACAACUUGUUCGUGGUUCUUUCUUUAAAAUGAUCAAAGCACAAAGAAUAAUCUGUAAUACACAUCAAGUGGAUUUAAAUUUAAGAAAUACUUGGCAUAAUUUCUUGUUACCAUUUCCUUUAAUUUAUUUUUUUUCUACUGCUGCUUUAGAGUUUUCUGAAAACACAAAUUCUAAUGAAUUAUUUGUGUGUCUUUUUUUAAAUAACAAGAAUCACAAUCAGUGCUGAGCCAACAGCUAAUGAAGACUCAAUAAUUAUUUAUGAUAUUGGAAAAACAAACAUUAUUACUAUAGCUCUUCUUUGUUUCAACAUAUGUAACCAUUUUAGUAAAAUAAAUAA